AUGUCUGCAAACAUUCUCAUUGUCGGCGCUGGCGCCAUUGGAGCAUUCUAUGCAUCUCGACUCGCAGUCAUCUCUGGUGUUUCCGUCUCUGUCGUCUGCCGCUCCAACUACAAAGCUGUGAAGGCGAAUGGCUUCCAAGUUACCUCACCGCAAUACGGCGAUUACACCUUCGUGCCGGCGAACACGUUUGCGAACCCAGAAGAAGCGCGAAAGAGCGACAUACAAUGGGACUACAUAGUAGUCAGCACAAAGGCCUUGCCGGACGUCAGCGAUGAUUCGACGAUACUUGAGGGGCUGGUCAGCGACAAGACAGCCAUUGUGCUGAUACAGAACGGUUUGGGUGUAGAGGAGCCAUACGCGAAGCGGUUUCCACAGGCGGCAAUCUGCUCGGCCGUCACGAUAGCCACUUGCGCACAGCCCGAGCAUGGCCAGAUCAAGCACAACAGAUGGACGCGGAUAAAUAGCGGACCGUACCUGCCCCAUCUAGACACCGGAAACAAGAAGGACACCGACGCGCGCGUCACGGAGCAAAACGACGCGUUCAUUGCUCUGCUGAGGGAAGGCGGUAUCAAGGAUGCCGAGGCCUACUCCCAUGCUAAACUACAACUAGUCCGCUGGCACAAGAUCGCCAUCAAUGCCUCGAUGAACCCAACCUCCGUCCUCACCCAGUGUCUCCCGAACAACGUCAUGUCUCUCGACCCGGAGCUGCAGCGCCAUCUUAAAGGCGUUAUGCUGGAGAUUCUUGAGACUGCUCCCAAGAUUCUCGGCGAACCCAUGCCCAAAGAGUUUGCUACCCCAGACCAGAUCAUUCGGUCUACCCAGAAGAACACUAGUGGUAGCAAGCCAAGCAUGGCGAUUGACUGGGAAGCGGGCAAGAAGAUGGAGAUUGAGGUUAUACUAGGUAAUCCAUUGAGGAUCGCCAGGGACAGAGGGUUCGAAAUGCCGCGCCUGCAGAGUCUGUAUGCGAUGGUCAGAAUGGCGCAAGAGGUUAGAGACCAGAAGAAGGAUGUCAAGUUGUGA